AUGGGAGAUCUUAUGAAAAGACAGUUCAACAUCCUAGAUUUACCUGGAAAGAAAUUUCUAGAAUGGAAAGUGGAUGCAAUAAUGAAUUUGAAAGCUCAAGGGUUGGAGCACACUAUUAAAGAUAAUAAAAGUCCCUCUGGUCAAGCAAGUGAUACUACCACUUCUGCAAUGACGGUUGUAAGACAUGUAACUGAACAAGAGAAGGCAAAAGCCUUAGUGUUGUUAACGCAUUAUUUACAUGAAGGCCUUAAAACUGAGUAUAUGAUGGUUGAAGAUCCCAAAGAAUUAUGGAAUUGCCUUAAUGAAAGAUUUGGACACCACAAAAGGGUGCUCUUUUCUAAGGCAUUAUUUGACUGGACAAAUUUACGGUUCCAGGAUUUCAAAUCUGAAAUUAAUUACAAUUCAGCCUUACAUGAUAUAGUAUCUAUAUUGAGAUACUGUGAUUGUAAUACCCUAGGUUUCAAAAAGUUUAAUGAAUUGAUGAGUGUAUUGCUUGUUGCUGAACAAAAUAAUGAUCUUUGGUUGAAAAAUCAUAAUCUUAGACUAAUUGGGUCUUUGGCCACUCAUGAGGCAAAUGCCACAAAUUCUUAUCCACCUGAGGCAAAUGCAACACAAAGAGGUGGAUGUGGAAAUUACAAUGGCAGUGAAAAUUAUCACGAACAAGGCCAUGGACGUGGUAGAAAUAAUUUUCAAAGAAACAGUAAUUUCAAAAAUUCUGAAAAACAGAAGGGACAGUCAUCUAGAAGCCACAAACAAACUCCUUCAAAAGGAAAAGACACAUGUUAUAGAUGUGGCAUGAUAGGGCAUUGGGGACGUACUUGUUGUACGGCCAAACAUUUGGUAGAUCAUUACCAGGCUUCUAUAAAAGACAAAGGGAAAAAUGCAGAAGCAAAUUAUGUUAAUGAAGAAAAUGCUCCUUGUCCUAGCCUUGAUGUGUUUGAUUAUUUUAUGGACAACACUCAAAUUGGAAAUGAUUUCAUCUUAAGAGAAAAUAACAAUGCUUAG